CCGCGGGAAAGGCCCCAUAAAAGGCAGCGGCGACGGCGCGGUGGAGUCCUGAGAGCGGAGGCGGCUGUGCUCCUUAUGCAGUGCACCAGAAUGAUCCAGAUCUUGGACCCAAGACCCUUGCCAAGCUCUAUCAUGCCUGUGGAUAUGGCCAUGAGAAUUUGCUUAGCCCAUUCUCCACCACUGAAGAGUUUUCUCAGUCCCCUCGAGGACUGUAAAAGAAACAACUUUGUGAACAGAUUCAAACCUCUCAGACCGUGUCUUCACGUGAAACGUGACUCUGAGGCUCAGAAGAGUGACUGGAGCCACUCGUCAGCCCGAGCCAAGAAGCGAGUUGUGUUUGCAGACUCAAAGGGGCUGUCCCUGACGGCAAUACACACUUUCUCUGAGUUCCAGGAGCAUCCUAGGCGGGAUCUUGAGUUUGACCUCUUAGGCCUCGAAGAUAUAACAUCAGGCUUAAAGCUACAUGAAGAAAAAAACUUGAUUCUGGAUUUUCCUCGGCCCUCAGCUGACUACCUGGACUUCAGGAACCGUCUGCAGAAGAACUUGGUCUGCUUGGAGAACUGCACCCUGCAAGAGAAGGUGCUGGCAGGCACUGUCAAAGUGAAAAAUGUGAGGUUUGAAAAAAAGGUUCAGGUUCGAAUUACCUUUGAUACAUGGAAGACCUACACAGAUAUUGACUGUAUCUAUAUGAACAAUGUUUACAGUGAUUCUGAAAAUGAUACCUUCUCAUUUGCUAUUGACUUGCCUCCUGCCAUUUCCUCUGAAGAGAAAAUAGAGUUUUGCAUUUCUUACCAGAGUGGAGAACAAACUUUCUGGGACAAUAACGAGGGUCAGAAUUACAAGAUUCUUCAUGCAGAGUGGAAGCCUGAUGGUGUUCAAAUACCAUCUGCCAAGAAAGAAUAUGUAGAUCUUCAGACUUCAAGGAGAGGACAAGACAAAGAGCCUGAUCAGCUAGGCAGUCCAAGGCUGUCCAGUGGUCUCUUUCCUCAGUGGCAGAGUUUGGGUCAGAUUGAAAAUUCCUCACCAUAUUGGUGAUCAGUACUAGCGAGGAAGCAUUCUUGCGUUCGGCAGCAGAACAUUGUUAGUUUUCUGGCUCGCAUGCUAUGUGGUGAAACCACCUAGCAAGUUUUGUUGACUGCCUGAACAAAUCCAGAUUCACUAGUCUGUGGGACUUGCUGAACUAUGUUACAGAAGUUCUUAGCUAAAACUUAUCCUUGAAAAGAAAGAAACACCAAGAUAAACCUCAUGCUUAUGCCACCUACUAUAGAAAUAGGAUGUCUGUAUGUUAAGUAUACACUGCUUUUCUUCUGCUGUAGACUCUCCUAAGUCACUGGAAGAGAGACUCUUGAAGAAUUAUGGAAGUCAAUGAUUUCUUAGCAAGCUGCAGUAACUGCAUGUGUGAGAGUAUGUGUGUGUGCACAGGAAUUUUACAUGAAUAGAACAUCACAAUUAGUACUGCACCUUCUAGGAGUGCAGUAGAGAUGAGGUGGUGCUGUCAGGACAGAGGCUGGCAAUGACCCUCUGUGAGCUUACAGCAGAAGAAGGUAGAAAUGAAUGGCUGAGAUUUGUGGCUUCGGUACGGGUUAAGAAACUUGAAAGAGACAAUGGAAAAUUGGGAGAAGGGAGAGAAGUAGGAUGUGCUUCUAGUUUCUUCUUUGCAAAGCUGAUUUUCUAAAUCCUAUAGAAAGUUCCAUGGGAUAAAAAGACUGUAGAAAAUGAUGCAUAGCAUUAGAAGUAACUGCUGCAUUGGGAAGGCAUCUCUGUUCUCUCUGACUUUGAGUAAGUGUCUCGCGUUUGAGAAGAAAUCCAAACUUGACUCCAUCCUACUCACAUAGCAGCUGGAUGGUUACCUUCUAGUGUUAAAAGAAGAAUGUGCCUUUUAAAUAAUUAAAACCACCUUACAUGGCAUAAUAUAAGUUUAGGUGACAGAACAGACAGAGUAAUUAGUAGACUUCUUAGUCUGUAGCACCAUUUAGAUGGUUUGACUCAACAUCUGAUCUAAUUUUGCAGCAUCUGAUGGCUGAGUAUCCUGCUCCCUAUUGCAAAGUUAGUGAUGACUUAACAAGGGUGUGUCAUAGGAAAGGUCCUUCAUAUUGAAGACAGUAAAUUAGCUGCACUUUGUGAAAGCUAAUUUCUUUAAAAGAGCAGGGUUGCUACUAGUUUUUUCUAGGUGGAGUAUAGGCUUGCACAUAAAUAGAAAACUGCUCCAUUUUAUUUUACCUCAUUUUCUGAAGUUGCCUUUUUAAAGACUUCAGUAAACUAACAUAUAUUUUUUAUCUGUAUGCUUACAAUGUAGCUUUCUGAUCUGUCAGACUGUAAGGGUGAUCUGUCCUUCAUGUAAGACUUGUGUGAGAAAUUGACCAAUACAUAUGCAACAGGAGUGAAUACUGGCACGCAUUUUAGCUGAACAGAAACUGUGUUAACAUCAAAAUGUAAAUCACAAGUUUUGUCCAUUGUUAAGAAGUAUGAUAUCCUGAAUGUGAAACUGCUUGCAAUGCAGUAAGAUGAUAAAUACAGAAGUAAAAUCAGCCUCCUCCACUAACUGCACUUUUUACCUACAAAGCUCUUGCUGUUAUGUGUAAAGUAGCUAUUUUAAGAAUAAAUUGUAUUUUGAUACA